CCAGGAAAAGGGAGUUCGCUCCAGGCGAUGGAGGAGAGGGUCAAGGAGGCAGACUCUGCGUCCCUCCAAGGCAGCUGGCCCAAGCGUCCACCGGUCAUCCCCUUCCCCGGCAGUCCCAGCCUGGUAGGGAGGGCGGGGCUCUGGAUCGCUGAGAAGUGCUCGGGCCGGCGACCCCACGGUGGAGCAGUGUGUGCGGGGUCGGGGAGCCAGGCUGCGGGGAGAGAAGGGCCCUCUUCCCCACAGCAGGGGAGCCCACACCCCGCACGGGUAAGCCCACCUCGCCAGACGCUGACUUCCGGUCGUGAGCACCACCCUCCCCGAAGCCCCGCCCCGCACCCACUGCCUGCUGGGAUCUGUAGUUCGUCGGGGAGGGACCAACGUGGCCGGUGCGCGCGUUUGUGUCUGCGUGUUUGUGUGUCUGUGAGUGUGUUUCGAGGUCCGCUGUGGCGUCUCUGUCCCCCUGAUCUCUCCCCCGAGGACCCACUGGUCCCGGGCUUGGCGCAGGGAUCGCAGGCCACCGCUCCCGAGGUCCCGCCCCGCGGCCCACUCUUGCUGGGAUUUGUAGUUCGGGCCUGGGUGGGGCCGCAGGUCGGGGGUCCCACCUGGGCCCGGCGUGGUACCAUCCUUAUUCUUGCUUUUUCCCGCGUGCCCUGGAUCUGGACAGUAGACAUGGCGCGGUGUCGCAACUCCAGCCGAGCUCCCCCUGGCCCUUCCCCCGGUCCGCCGCCCCCGCGAUGUAUAUGCCGGCGCCUGGAGGACAAGACGCUAGAUGCUAAACUGAGGCACGAAGAUGGGCGCGCUCUGGCCGGGUCACCAAGGAAUUCUGGGGUGUCACCAUCCAGGACGCCUCUGAGCACCCAGCUGUGAUUGAAAAGAAACUUUCUAAUCAUGAGCUUUAUUCAGAAAAUAUGGCCAUCCAGACCCCCAGCUCUUCCUCAGAGAAGCUGAAAUGAUUUAGAAAAAUUCACUGCAGAUCAAAUUUAAAGCCUAGCAGUGGGCUCUCCUGGUGGAGCAGUGGUUAAGAAUCGGCCUGCUAAUGCAGGGGACAUGGGUUCAAGCCGUGGUCUGGGAAGAUCCCACAUGCUGCAGAGCAACUAAGCCCG